CCGCUGUGGGCUGGGUGGGAGACGUGCGGGGAGAGGCAGCAGCGCAGCAGCGGCGGCCGAGCCACGGUACCGGGCUAUCGCCGGGAGGGCGCCGUCCCGCCCGCCCACCCCACGCCGAGGAAGGGUGUUCCCAGGGCGGGCGAAGGGAGGGAAGGGGGGCGGGUUAUCGCGGGGAGAAAGGCAGCGGCAGUCAGCGCAGACGGAUCCCGCGCUGUUGCCGCCGCCGCCGUCUGGGGCUUGUCGCCCACCCCUGGCCAUGGGGCUGCAGCCCCGGCGCGCUGCGGGGCCCUGCCCGCCGGCGGGGAGAUGCGCCGCCUGGGCCCGUGGCGAGGAGCCGGAGGGAGCGCCCGGCCGCACCGCGUCCCUGCCGCCCAUCCUGCCGGCGCCCACCGCUUCCCCCGUCGCUGCCCGGGCGCAGCCCAAGAAGCUGACAGCGGCGACGGCGGCCCCCAAGAAGGCAGCGCCCCGGCCCGCGGAGGAGAAGGCGGCGAGGAAGGCGCGGGGGGCGCCCCCCGAGCGGGCAGGCCCCCUCUCCAGCUCCUGGCCCUGCUCUUCCCUGCAGCGACAGCCACCGCGGAGGCCGCCGGCCGAACGCGGGGUGCGCCCGCCGCCUGCCCCACCGCAGCCACGGGGCCGCCCGGGUGCGCCGGGGCCGGGCAGCCGCUCCUGCGAGAGCCUCGGCGGGGCACCGGGAGAGACGGCGCCGCGGUUCUCGCUGAGCCUGCCGCCGGAGGCCGUCCGGGUGCUGCAGCGCCGCAGCCUGGAGCGGCAGCGGGGGCAGCCCGGGUCCGGCCCCGGCGGCAGAGCUACCCCUACCCUUGCUCGGCGCGGCGCCCGGGCGGGCAGCGGGGACUUGCGCGCCCUGCUGAAGAUAUCGCUGCUCAACGAGAAGCACCGCUACGACGACGAGGAGUACGAGGAGGAGGAGGCGGCGGGGGCCGCGGUGGACGAGGGGCUGGUGCGGAAAUGCACCGAGUGGCUGCGCGGCGUGGAGAGUGCGGCCGGGCGAGAUCGCCCAGACAGGUUGGAGACGCUGCCGCACCUGAGCACCCUCUGAGCCCCUCCGGGGGACCGGGAGAGCGGCUCGAAGGGCGGCGGGGCCCGGGGCGGAGGCGGGGUCGCCAUCCGGUGUCCGUAGCUGUUGUCUCCUUUGUGAUGUCGGC